AUGAGCCAAAAUAUGAAAUUCUUCUUGCUGAUCUGUGCUGUUAUUGCAGCUGUAAGCGCUGAUGUCAGUCAUUUGCCAUCAAAUCAAUACUUGCCACCUGCUGCUUCAGCACCUGAGCCAUCGUACUCAGCACCCGCACCAGCUCCAGCUUAUCAUGCCGCCGCCUCUGCACCAGCUGUAAGCUACUCAGCACCAGCACCCGCACCAGUUAGCUACUCCGCACCAGCUCCAUCUUAUCAAGCCGCCGCUUCUGCACCAGCUGUAAGCUACUCAGCACCAGCACCAGUUAGCUACUCUGCACCAGCUCCAUCUUACCAAGCCGCCGCUUCUGCUCCAGCUGUCAGCUACUCCGCACCAGCACCUGCUCCAGUCAGCUACUCUGCCCCAGCUCCAUCUUACCAAGCUGCUGCUUCUGCACCAGCUGUAAGUUAUUCAGCACCUGCACCAGUCAGCUACUCUGCCCCAGCUCCAUCUUACCAAGCCGCCGCUUCUGCUCCAGCUGUUAGCUACACCGCUGCUGCUUCUGAACCUGAACCAGCUCACUCAUUCUCUGCUAAUGAUGGUUACCGUUACAAGACCCACCGUCGUGUUGUAUACCGCCGCCACCGUCGUGACGUAAGCCACUUGCCAUCCAACGAUUAUUUGCCACCACACCAAGGCGCCGCCUCAGCACCAUCAAGCGAAUACUUGCCACCAGCAGCUUCUGCUCCAGCACCACAAUAUGAAGCCGCACCAUCAUACCAAUCAUACUCUGCUCCAGCCGCUUCCGCUCCAGCUGUAUCUUUUGCUCCUGCACCAGCUGCCUCAGCUCCAGCUGUAUCUUUUGCUCCUGCUCCAGCUGCUUCAUACUCUGUUCAAUCAUACGCCGCACCAGCUCCUGCUGUCUCCUACUCAUCUGCCCCAGCUGAAAGCUACUCUGCUGCUGCCUCCGAACCAGCACCAGCUCAUAGCUACUCCUCCGCCGAUGGUUAUCGUUACAGAACCAACCGUCGUCGUUGUGACAUUAGUACAUACGAAGUUAAUAAAUGGAAUAAUGCUGAUAAUACCAUCGAUGUCUCGGACGAGGAUGAUGGAUCUGAUGACGAAAAUAUAGAAGAAAAUAAUUUAGAAAUUAUUAAACAUAAAGAUGCCAUAAAUCAUUUCGAAAAAUGCAUAAAGUGGGCGAUUAACAAUAAUGAAACUUCAAAAUUAGCUGUACUAAGAGAACUACAAGAAAAAGCUGUUCAGAAAAGUCUUGAGUGUAGUAAAAAACCAACAAAAAUUAAUGAUUUUUUUUACUCUACACUAUGA